AAGUCUGAUUUGGAUUGCCUGGGAGAGGUAUAAGAGAAUUACCUUGCAGUUAAGGAACUCACAUAUAUAAAUCCACUGUGUAAAUGCUGGGUGUGUGGGCAGGUGAAGUAAAUUUAAAAUAUUCAUUCAAUGCUCUCAACUACGCUAAACUGAAGUCAUUCAAUUCCUUUGCAGCUAUCCUGGUCCACCUCCCCCUUUCAUCCAAACACUUCUUUGGCUUUUCUGUUGCUCCAUUUACCACUUCCACUGAACCUUAUUUCACAAUAUAUCUUCAUCUUUAUCAAAUCCACAUCUCCCUUUUUAGUUGCUGCUGCUAUUCUUGUCUUUCAUUCAUUUCCACUGCUUCAGUCAUUAAGCAAUCUGUCUGUUUUCUCAUAUAUAUAGUCUAUUCCAUUAGUUUCUUCCAGUAGCUAGCAUGGGGGUAGAUCAGUAGAUGUAAAUUUCUAAGGUAAGUUUCACUUAAUGCAUGUGCCUAUGCAUGAAGAGAGAAUGUUGGUGGUUGAAAAGAGCGACCCAGAGAGAAGCAUAAUGAUUGGAUUAGUUGUGGAUGGUGAUGGUGUGGGAAGAGCUACUUGUUCUUCUGGUAAUUCCCAGCACAGGAGAUCAAGAAGUGCCUCAGAGAAGAAUAUUAGGAUAGGAGGCGAUCAGACGCAAAAGGACGACUUUAGAGAGAGACAUGGAUUGCCACCACCCACAAGGAGCUGCAGGGCAAGCCCGCUUCAUGAAAGCUUCAAAAAGACAACGGAUGUCAUUCCUAACCACCGCGCUUCAUUGGAAAAAGAUAUUGAAGAGUUGCAAUUGCGGUUGCAGCAAGAAAGAUCAAUGCGGAUGUUGCUUGAGAGGACAAUUGGAAGAACUUCUAGCACUCUUUCCCCUGGCCAUCGACAUUUUUCAGCUCAGACAAAGGAAUUGAUAGCUGAGAUAGAGUUAUUAGAAGAUGAGGUGGCAAACCGGGAGAAGCAUGUCCUGAAUCUAUACAGGAGCAUUUUUGAGCAAUGUACCAGCCGUCCAUCAUCUGAACAAGCCUCUGUUGUUACUUCUCCAGCACAUUCAAAAAAAAUUGAAUCAAGAAAGAGGCAGCCCAGUAUAAUUUCCAGUGCUUUUUGUUCAUCAAAGAAUUUUCCUUUGCGGAGGACUUCUUUCCAAGCCCUCUCUUCCAUUGACGACUCUGGGAAAAGAAAUUCUCAAUCCAAAACGAAACAUGCUUCCUUCUUUAGUUGUAAAAAAGGCCAACACAUUCAGAAAUGCUCAUCUGAAAAUGCCAACUUUAAGGAUCAAGGAUGGGGUCUACCAGCACAAAAAGCUUCAAUGGUAAAUUAUCUGAAAGAUCAUCUCCACCAGUGUCCAAGUAAGUUAUCAGUGGAAAUGGUAAGGUGCAUGUCAGCAGUAUAUUGCUGGCUACAGAAGACGACAAUCACUGUUAAUCCAGGGAAAACCCAAUCUGCUUUAUCAUCAAAUGUCAAAAUUCCCGGGCAUGAUGUUACUAAUGAGCUGGAGAAAGACCGGUUCAGCUGCAAAUCUGCAAUUGUAAUUUCAUGGAUAUCGUGUGAUAAAAGUAACGUCUCACGUGCAUCUUAUGCAAUUAAAAGCUACAGACUUAUGGUGGAGCAACUUGAAAGGGUGAACAUAUCUCAGAUGGAAACUAGUGCACAGAUAGCUUUCUGGAUCAACUUAUACAACUCCUUAGUUAUGCAUGCGUUUCUAGCAUAUGGCAUACCACAAAACUCUCUUAGAAGGUUGGCCUUGUUUCACAAGGCCGCAUACAACGUUGCUGGGCAUGUCAUAAGUGCAAAUGCCAUCGAACAGUCAAUCUUUUGCUUGAGGACUCCACGGAUAGGAAGACGGUGUUCUUUAACAAUUAAUAGACAUCUUGUUGCACCUGGGGGGCUUUUCUGAUAGAAGCAAGAAGCCGAUAUAUUCCCCACCUUUCAGUGAUACAAAGCUAUUGAUCAUGCUCCAUGAUUUGCAGGUUGAUUUGACCAUAUCAAUCAUGUAAUGGAUCAUGACUAUAACAACUAUCCCAACUCAUCUCCGUCUCAUGGUAUUAUCAGUGCAAGUAGGAAUAACAUAUCAUGAUGACGGUUUUAGAUCAUUAUCUCAUUCUUUCAUUGUAAGAAUGAGAAUCACGUGUAUAACUUUGCGACUAUGCUCUUUAUGUUUAUUUUUGGCAUUAAUUUAGUUGUAAGUUUAACUGAAAUACUUUACAAUGUACACUUGAAGUCACCGACCUUGGCUAAUUUGUUAUGCUUAAGGUGAUGAUGUUGACAAAUGACACUGAGCUAGUUUCUCAGGUCAUUUGCUUAUGCUGUUCUCUGCAAGUUAACAAUCUUGCAAUAUAAAGUUUCCUAGUUUCCGUUCAAAAUUUUAAGUUCACAUGCCCAUCGUUCCAAUUUCGCUCGACAGUGGCUGGAUGCUAUCCUUUCAACUGCCAUAAGGAAAAAAACGGGAGAGGAAAGAGAACUUAUCAGCUCAAAAUUUGGCCUCAAAGAGCACCAACCUCUUGUUUGCUUUGCUCUUUGCACAGGAGCACUUUCUGAUCCUAUGCUAAAAGCAUACACAGCAUCAAAAA